UGAACUGUUGAGGGUGUUUACACUGUGUCAAUUAUACACAGAACCACGCAACAUGGAUAGGGUGUACAACCUUAUAGUAGAUAGUGUGAAUACUUCUGUAGUCACUUAUACAGCCGUAUCAGCUGGCGUUCUGAGCUGUUAUGUCGGUCUGAAGGUCUACAGGAGACAGCAGGUGAAGAAGAAGGCCCUGAAGAAGAGGGAAGAAAGUCGGAAAGCCUUGCAAGACGUUCAGAGAUCUGUGGUAACUGACGAUGGGACAACAGCAGCCAAAAGGAGAGAGAUCCUGUCCCUGCCUCUGCCCCAACUCAGCCAGCAGCUGAGAGAUGGACAGCUGUCAGCUGUACAGGUGCUGCAGGCAUUCCAGGAGAAGGCAACUGCAGUGAAUGAUAAGAUCAACUGCCUUACAGAGCCGGUUCCAGAUGCAUUGGUAAGGGCUCAGAAUGUGGAUGUAGCAGACCAACCCCUGGGACUACUCCAUGGUGUUCCUGUGUCAAUCAAGGAAAAUUACAAUAUCAAGGGCAUGGCAACCACCAUGGGUGUGACAAAGCACCUGGACACACCUGCAGAUGAAGAUGCUGUUAUUGUGCAGGUGCUGAAGAAACAAGGAGCCGUGCCUUUUGUCAAAACCAACAUUCCACAGACUCUACUCAGUAUCUCAUGCAGCAACCCUGUCUUUGGGAACACUCUGAACCCUGUUGACCCCACGAGGUCACCAGGUGGGUCGUCAGGCGGGGAGGCGGCAUUGAUCAAAGGGGGAGGGUCGCUCCUGGGGUUCGGGUCUGAUAUCGGUGGAAGUGUCCGGACUCCUGCCCUCUUCUGUGGAAUCUGUGGGCUCAAGCCAACUGCCAAGAGAAUCAGUGGCAGAGGUUUGAUGAAAGGUUCUCCUGGAGUACAGGGAGUUAUUUCAACCCCUGGUGUAAUGGCUAGAGAUGUGGAUAGUUUAGCCCUGGGUAUGAAGGCUUUACUGGUACCAGACAUGUUCCAACUGGACCCACAGGUGAUACCUGUACCAUUCAGACAAGAGAUAUAUGAAGACAAGAAGCCCAUGAGGAUAGGAUACUUCACCACCCUACAGUCCUGCCCCCCCACCCCAUCCAUGGGGAGGGCAGUCAUCAUGGCAAAGGAAGCCUUGGAGAAAGCUGGACACACGCUGGUUCCUUUUGAUCCACCGGAUGAUUUGCGAGCCAUUGUGGACUUGGUCACGAGGCUCAUCACUGCUGACAACGGGCGCACAUUCUCAACAAUGUGGCUGAAAGAUGAGAUAAUAGAUGAAUACCUGAAAGGGCAAAUCCAUCUGUGGACCAUGCCUCACUAUCUGCGCAAGAUUCAAGCCUUCCUUCUCAAACCAUUUUGGCCAAGAAUUGCCAAGGUUCUCUCUCACAGGCUGAUUGGGUCAGUCUAUGACUUGUGGCAAAGGAUGGCAGAGAGAGAGGCAUAUAUAGAGCAAUUCCUGGACGAGUUGAAAAAGAAGGACUUGGAUCUGCUUCUGUGCCCAGCAUUGGGCAUGCCGGCCUGCAAACCAGAACAUGCUGGUAGAACACUGGCCACCACAGCCUACGUGACACUUUUCAACCUCCUCAACUUUCCCGCCGGAGUUGUUCCUGUUACCAUGGUAACAGAGGAGGAUGACAGACUGCUGGAUGAUUGGAUUGGCUAUGGAAAUGACCCCAUUGACAAGGUCAUAAAAAAGACAACCAAAGGUGCAGUAGGCCUGCCCGUGUCUGUCCAGUGUGUGGCACUGCCGUGGCAGGAGGAGAAAUGUCUCAGGCUCAUGAAGGAAGUGGAGACUCUGUGUCCUGUGUGAUUUGUCAGAAAUUGUCCUCUACAUUGUAUCUCUACAGUAUCAUCUUGCAGUACGAAGAGAUCGAAACUCUGCUUGGGCAGUUGAAAAGCGACCCUACAUGAUACAAAAUAUUAUUGCAGCUACCGAUAGGUAAAAUAGAUGAUGUAACAUUUCAUAUCUAUUGAUACAUGUAGUUAUAUGGUUAGGGUGAGAGAAGAAAUUGUCUAGUUGACAAGUUGGAAUUAUGGUGCUGUUAACUUAGCUCCUUCCUGAAAAAUCUACUUUUCAAUCUAUACCAAGAGUUAAUUAUAAGGCCACAGCAAGUAAAUUUUAUGGAUGACAUCCUCAGCAGACUCCAAAUCUAAUGCAAUAGGGUGAAAAAAAAACAAG